GGCAGAGACAGAGGAGCGUCGUGUGGAGAUAUUGUACGGCUGUAAAUGAAAACGUUGCAAAGUGCGAUGUUUGUAGGAAGGCUAUUUGCUGCUAUGUAAACACCGCCUGUCUAUACAAAGCCAUUAAAAAGGGAGGUCCAAGCUGCAAAAGAAACGAAGAGAGGAGGAAGGAAAUAUCUUACAGACCCUGAUCCCCGCAUAGACAGGGGUCACUGGCAGAGUCCUUUCAGAGAGGGUUAAAAAAAAGCAACUACGUCACGUGAUGACAACACGUGACGUAGUUCAAAGUUGAAAGUCAAGCAGCACUGCGGCUCUUCGGCAUGGCGGUCCUAGUGGGAUGUAGAGCCCUGGUGCAAGCCUUCCGCGUGCAUGUAGCGGACCGGGACCGCGUGUUCAGGUUUGCAGCCACCUCCUUCGGCUCGAGACAAGUGGUUUACUCAGGUAAAGUCUUGCCUUCUUCUCGUCCAAACGGACACGUAGCAGUGAUUCGACACUACAGCUCCGAUCCGAAGGAUGACCUACACGUCAGAUACCUUGACGGAGAAGAUGCCGGUAUUGUUGUUGUUGGGAUAAAUCGACCAAAAGCCAAAAAUGCUAUAAGCAAAAAUCUGGUAAAAAUGAUGUUUGAGGCUGUGGAGGACAUCAAGAAAAAUAACAAAGUGCGCAGUGUCAUUUUAUGCAGUUUGGUUCCUGGGAUCUUCUGUGCAGGUGCAGACUUGAAGGAGAGGGCCAAGAUGCACCAGAGCGAGGUGGGGCCGUUCGUGUCCCAGGCAAGAGCACUCAUCACAGAGCUUGGUAACUUGCCCAUGCCGACAAUUGCUGCGAUUGAUGGAGCUGCCUUAGGAGGAGGCUUGGAAAUGGCCCUUGCUUGUGACAUGAGAAUUGCGUCUAAUACUGCCAAAAUGGGACUAGUUGAGACCAAACUUGCGAUUAUUCCUGGGGCAGGUGGUACACAGCGUCUCCCCAGGGUGAUUGGUCUCUCUCUUGCUAAGGAGCUGAUCUUUGCUGCCCGGGUGGUGGAUGGAUCAGAUGCAUGUCGUCUAGGUCUCGUCAGUCAUUCUGUGGAACAAAAUAAGAGUGGAGAUGCUGCCUACCUGCGAGCUCUGGAGCUUGCCCGUGAGAUCAACCCACAGGGUCCAAUUGCAGUCAGGAUGGCAAAACUGGCAAUCAAUCAGGGGAUAGAGGUCGAUUUAUCUACAGGUCUGGCAAUUGAAGAGGCAUGCUAUGCCCAGGUCAUACCAACUAAAGAUCGAUUGGAGGGUUUGGCUGCAUUCAAGGAGAAGAGACGUCCUCACUAUAAGGGGGAGUGAGGCCAUACUGCUCCUUCUGCCUUCAGCUCUUUACAGUUUCACUACUUCAUAUUUAUGGGUGAAACUGUGCCCAUCAACACAUUACUUAUACAGUACCCAGAGGAUGUCUGUCCUACCAUAGAACAGUAGGGUUGAUCCUGACUGUGUUUUGCCAAUGACUUAAUUGUCGGUGUAUGUCAACUACUACUUUAGGAUGUGAAAAACCAAGCAAACCAGCUAAGCAUUGGCCCUGUUUACAGUACUUAAAAUUGCUUUGAUCUACAUCAUGAAUUUCUUGGUUAGUUUUUGCUAUUUGCAAUAGCAUUGGCAGUUAAUCUCCAACAGGUGAUGGCUCAGAGAGCCGUGGCAAAGCCCAUAAAGUUCUGUGAAUGAUG